AUGGGACAAGAUGAAGAUUGUCCGUACCAGGUCUGUUCUUCGGAGGAAUUGGGUCGAUACCUUGCUGCAGCUCGGGACCUCGCCCCUGACGACUUAGUGCUGACUGAACAGCCUUUGGUAUUUGGCCCUAAGGCGAUGCCCGAUCCUGAAGCAAUUGUGCCCUGCGUAGGCUGCUAUAAGCCAGUCUUCACCGAUGUUGGGGAGAGAUGUGCAAAAUGCGGCUGGCCAGUCUGCUCCGGCUACUGCCCAGGUCUCAAAGAUCCUCAACAUCAUGGUGUGGAGUGCGAAAUACUAAGUGCUCGACCAGAAUGUGUCUUAGACGAUAUGGCAAAUUAUUAUAGGCAUGAGGCACUUCUUCCACUGAGGUGCACAUUACUCCAGACUGUCGAUCCUGAUAAAUGGAAGAAACUUUUGCAGAUGCAAUCACAUAUGGAAUGUCGCAUUCCGGGAACGGAAGCAUACGACGAAGCAAACGAAUUCAUCGUCGAGUAUUUAAUGAACGACUUCAUCGCCAAACUUGACGCAAAUACUAAAAAGCAAUAUCUCCCGGAAAUUUCUGCGAUAUUAAUACACAGAAUGUGUGGCAUUAUUGCCACGAAUGCUUUAGAAAUUCGUCUCCCAGAAGGAGCUGAAUUAUUAGCGUUGUACACCAACACCUGUAUCAUGGAACACAGUUGUAUUCCGAACACAAAACACACAUUCUCUCAGUCAGCUAAGAACAAAUAUGAUUUAUAUAAAAUAACAGUCAAAGUUGCAAUUCCAAUAGAAAAAGGUUGUCACAUAAGUACAAUGUAUAGUCAUGCUUUAUGGGGAACUCAAGCUAGGAGGCAACAUUUAAAAGAUACAAAAUAUUUUUCAUGUAAAUGUCAAAGGUGUAGCGAUCCUACUGAGCUAGGAACUUUUUUGAGCGCUAUGAAAUGUUUGGGUGAUGGCUACGCCUGUGAUGGUAUACACUUACCCGAAGACCCAUUGGAUGAUGAAACCGAAUGGGCUUGUAGUAAAUGCAGAAUCAAACUAGAUAAUUCUCAAGUCAACAUGAUUAUAUCGCAAAUGGGCGAAGAAGUUGAUAAUGUGCAAAUGAUGGGUGGAUCACCGAUUAUGUUAGAAAAUCUGUUAUGUAGAUUUUCAACAUAUCUGCACCCAAAUCAUUAUCAUUUGUAUUCGGUAAAACAUUCUUUGAUACAACUUUAUGGGAGGCAAGCAGGUUAUACUUCACGAGAAAUUUUAAAUAAAAAAAUUAAAAUGUGUAGAGAAUUAAUUAAUAUUACAAAUAAAUUGGAUCCUGGCAACGCGAGGCUGAGUUUGUACAGUGCUGUUCUGUAUCAUGAACUGCAUUCAGCGUUAUUUAUGAAAUCACAAACGGUUAAUAAUGAUGGCAUACAAAUGACUGAUGAGGAAAUUAAACUUUUGCUUAUAGAAGCAAAAGUUACCAUCAAUUCUGCUAUAAAUGCUUUAAAAGAUGAUUUGGAUGAAUCCUCAGGAAAGAAACUGUACGAAGUUAUUUUAAAAACUAAAAGUGAUUUUGAAAGGUAUUGUCAAAAGAAAAACAUUACUUUUUAA